AUGGCUCCUAAGAGGAGCAAGAAACAAUCUCAGAAACAAUACGCGAAAGCACCGACGAAACGCACCAGACGAGUCAAAACACCCCCUCCGCCCCCCCUCGUCACGCUCCCUCCUCUCCCGUCGCUCUCAAUCGCCCCAGAAGGUCUGCCCGUCACGGCCGUUAAAGUCCUCCCGUACCCCGCGAUUAGACAUGAACGUGGACCCACCUGGAUUGCAGACGAGAGGCCGACGGCGCAGCUCCAAAAGGGAAGUCGCAUCACGAUCCUCACGGACGCCCAAACGUCCGGCAUAGGGCGCCUGUCGGUGAUUACGGACCUACGUCGCCACUGGGUCACGUUCUCAAUAAUAGGCGCCUCACAUCAAUGCAACCUCCGCGUUCCCAUCCCAUGGGCCAUCCUCGAUGGCCUAGAGAGUUUUACGCAUCAGAAACACUAUUUCAGUCUCGCGGACGACCCUCCCCCACACCGCUCUUUCAUCGACAUCCCCUCUUUCCGCAGCAAGGAGGAGAACCCGUACGAGUUCGAUAUAGACGAAGAAGACAUCCCAGCCUUCUCAAAAAGGCUAGCGAGCAUCGCAAACAAAUAUUGGAGCAAUCUCGAGCGGGAGGGGCAGCGGUCGAAUCUAGGCCGCUAG